AUGGCAGUCCUAUUAGAAGCUGAUGAUAAGUUACAAAGAAAAAGGAAUCGAAAACCUGUGCCAUGGGAGCCAUAUAAAGGAGCAACUAAAGGACCAGACAAGUUAUUGGAGGAUAAUAUAAGAGAAGAGCCUUUGAGGUUGGUCAAGUACCCAAUAAGCUCUGAUUUGCCUGAGAAGUGUCGAUUGGGUACUGAGAUUGAAGUUGAAAACGAAUUUGAUUUGAAAAUUGGGGAGAAUAAACCAGAAGUAAAAACAAAGGUUAUUAAGGUAGGUGUGUAACACUUUGUCGUAUUUUAAAAUGUAUAUCAAAAAAUGGGCCGGAUUUUUCACACAUUAGAAAAAAAUAGACCUUUGUCGGUUGAUAAAAGUUUAUUACACCAAAAAUUUAUACCAAUCAAUUAAAAAAGCAAUAUACAUCAAGGUACAUCAAUUUUGUGACAAGUUUACACUGAAUGAUGAGGAGCUCCUUCAGUAACAGGUUCAGGUCCGAAUCCAGCAGCUCUUUUGCCGUAGUAACCAUAGCCGUAUCCGUAGUAAGGGUAGCCAUAGCCGUAACCACCAUAGUAAUAUUGAGCUGAUCCUUGUUCCACAACGAAUCCAAUCAAGAACAUGGCCAAGAGGCAGAAAGCCAAAGUGGAGCGAGAUAGAGCCAUUUUUAGUGUUUUAGGAUAGGAAAGUGUGAACAGUAAACUGAUGACUCUACCGUGGUAUACCAGGCUUAUAUAGUGGGAUUUGUUUGCGGUUUUCGUUCGAAAAAGUUAUUUUAUGUUUAUUUUACGGGUCAAACAAUUACUCCACAAACAAAUUGGUAUAUAAUUUUUUGUAUAUGUUACGGUAACGACAAAACGGGUGCUAUAGGAUUAAAGGGUAAAGCAAAUAUUUGUUAACAGUACGUUUUUAACAAUAUUUCACUUACCUCAUAAAAAGUUUGAAUUUUACGAAAAUUUCAUAAUAUUUGGUAGGAGGAAGUUUAAUUUUGGUAUUUCAAAAGUUUAAAGUGGCAAAUUUUAAAUUUUAAGUUGGAUUUUAUUAUAAAUUAAAGUUGCACAUUAUCAUAGGCAUAAAGAACUAAAUUUGCAGCCACAAACCGUGCCAGAACCCUUAUUAGAUGACAAAGAAAUAGCUCUACUGCGUAAAGAACUUCAAAUCCAACGUGAUAUCAACAAAGAGCUCAAGUCAUUACUGGUUCAAAGCCUUUCUGAAGAUGUGAAUUGCCAGAUCACGUCGUUGGCCGAAGACAAAGUUCGUCUGGCCAAGAACAUUGACAGCUAUUACUUUCGAGCACAUUCAGAUGCCGAAACUCGAGAACAAUUGGCUUUGGAGAAUCAAUUGUGGAGAAGCAAAUUCUUGGCUAUGGCUAUUAGGACUGACGAUCUGACUUACAGCUUACAUCAAUCAUUGAGAAUGCUCAAGGAUGGUAUGGAAGUUGAAUUGUUUGGCUGGGUUUAGGCUGGAAAUUAGUUAAAAUUGAUUUUUUGGCUUUUUUUAGGUGUGAUAUCAAAAGAAUUUUCACUUUUCAGCCCAACAAACCAUAACUGACAUGUUGCCAGUCAUCCCAACAACACUGACCGAAGCCCUGAAGAAAAAGAUUGCCGAACUGAUAAGUGUUGAUGUUGUGUCACUGUACAACAAAUCACCCUGCGAUGAGAGUCGCCAGAGCAAUGUGAAGAAGUGCCCGACCAACCUUACGAUCAGUUGUUGUAAACGAUGUCAUGGCAAGGAGAUUAAACUGGUGUGA